UAAGCUGAGAGAAAAUUUGAGUUGUGUGGAAGAGAAGCAUGGUAGUGGGAAGUGCUUUAGGAGCUUUUGCAGUAGCAAGGCCAUCGCCACUUUUGUUGUUUAGAGGACAAAAGGCUUUCAAAUUCAGACCUCUGUCGUCUUCAUCUUCGUCUGCCGAACCUUCUAGAAAGCUUGUUCUCUACUCUAAACCAGGUUGCUGUUUGUGCGAUGGCCUUAAAGAGAAGCUUCAUGCUGCAUUCUUACUCGCCGGUCCCGAUUCACUUAACGACGUUGAUUUGCAGAUAAGGGAUAUAACCAGCAAUCCCGUGUGGGAAAAUGCUUAUCAAUACGAGAUACCUGUGUUGGCUAAGGUGCUUUCCGAUGGCACCGAGGUGGCUUUACCACGAUUGUCCCCACGUCUAGGAGUGGAGCUCCUCCAUAAGAAGAUAGCGGCUGCUCUGAAACAACAAUAAAGGUGUCUCAGUUUUUGUUUUGUAACUUUACAUUUACCAUUUAAAAACCAUUUUUGUAAAUUAUAUUUGCUGUUUUUCAUUAUUCUUUUAAGUUUUCUGUGAAGUAUAGUGUAUGAAUAAAUCAAAUACAUAACGCCGCCUCUGAUGUGUGGAA